ACUGUUUUUGUUGCAACAAUUUGUCCUUGCAAUAUACAUAGGAAACAUUUGUUUUGUGAAAGGAACAUGUAGAAAAAUACCAACUUGGACCACACUCAUCAUGGAUUUCAUGUUUCUCAACAAGUUUACACUCCUCUUUCUCCUCAUCAUUUCUGGCUCACUUUUAUCAACUUCUUUUGCAGGUAGAGCAUCAAAGUUCAUGAGAAACUCAGAUGAAGAUGUGAAUGAGGUAGCAACAAUGAAGGCAAUAGAUGAGGAAGAUGUAAGCAUUAUCCAUGAGAGGCUUCUUAGGGCUAAUACAAAAGACUAUGGACGAUAUGAUCCAACACCAACUUUUUCUAAGCCUCCUUACAAGCUCAUACCAAAUUGAAUUAUCACGUUCAAUGGAUGAAUCCUUGGAAGUUGGUACCGGAAAUAUGAGUACUGUAUAAUAUAAAUAAUCCAAUGUUUUAUCAUCUUAGUGUAAUAUAAGACUUCCAUAUAUAUACUAUUUUAUAGACAUGUAUAAAAUAUAAAUGCUUAGUCAUAUGUUUUGAAGAACAUGUACGUGUACGUGUGUUUUGAGUUUUAAAUAAUAUCCACUAUAUAUAGCUCUA